UGGAGAAGAGCACAAGAUACUUCAUAUACAUUCAUUAACCUCCGUACUUCUAGCACUGGAAUUUCUUGAUGAUGUAGAUCAGAAAAUGAAAAGAUGCCGCCGUCGACGUAAAAGUCACCACUCGCGGUGGUGCCGCGCAGGAGCGGAAUCGGGCCACCUGUGAAUACGCUGCGCGGCUUCGGCGUGGCUGUUGGAGAAGCUUCCCGUGGGGGAACCGUUUCUUGGGCAUUGACGCACGGCAAGCGGAAAAGGGUAGAGCCGGCUGGGCUUGUGCUCGUGACUCGGUACUACGUGUUUUCUGCUUGAAGACACGAAAAGGGACGACGGCAACUUCCAGCAGGCUGUUGACAACUUGUCAUCUAAGCUGAGCCGACGUGACACCGCUCUCUCUCAUAACGCGCACUCGUCGCCUGUGGCAGAAGGAGCAGCGCCCACGGGCACCGAAGAAUUUGGAGCUUCUAUCUUACCAGCACCUUGUACUGGAAGAUUGUGACUCGACACUGCAGAUCUUGUUCUGCUGACACGAACUACUAAGCUGCCCUAGUACUAACAACCCGCUUCGCCUUCUCGCCAAGAUGGGGAUGUUUGGGCCGAGCAAGCAGCUGCUAAAGCUGGCCACUUUAGCGGCGGACAUGCGGAAGGACUUGACAAAUCUGGAGAAACAGAUGGAGGCCGUCCAGGAGGAGGGAAACAAAAAGCAGGAAGCCAUGGCGUUCGAAAUCGAACAGCUGAAGCAGAAACUCGGUAUUGUUUGUACAGGAUUUAAAAAAAAUUAAGAAGCUCCUUCUACUACUACUAUGCCUGCGCACGACGGCAUGUUGAGCUCGUCACGAGUUUUUUUCCUGGUUUGUUUCCUGCAUCUUGACCUCCACGACAGAUCUGCGUGUUUGAUAAAGCAUAGUUUGUAUGCAUUGUAAUCAAAAUGAAACACCACGAACCUCACCAGAUAAAAUGACGUCGAUCCUGCAAGCGCACGUGAAGGCUGUGUUGCCGAGAAUAGAAGCCGAGGAGAAAGUAUGAGAAUGCAGAACUCCCCCUCGUGGUCAUUCUACUCAUUUCUGAUGCAAAGCACGAGCAAAUUUGUCCAUGUCUACUAUGGAUGACAAAAACUACACGGAAAGUAGCUUAGACAGCACUUCAGGUGGCACAUAAACCAUGCGCAGGCUCUAUUUCUUUCGCGGGCAUAAGAAGUUCAGGCCCGUGCAAUGAGGGGGAGGGGGUGUUGUUCGGCGGUAUAGAAAAAAACCGAGGAGUUUGAGGAGCGUAUCUCGCGUUUAGAGUCCGGCGACAUGGAUCCGAAGCGGCGGGGGCGCGGCCGCGGCGGCGUCGAUUUGACAGACAUUGUGGAGGAACACGAUACCAAAAUCGAGGAAUUGGUCAACAUCAUGCAGGUAUAAAUGAAAAUGGCUUCUUGUGCUGGUAGUGAACGUUGUGAUAUACUGCAGUCAAACUACCGACUGCGAUCAGUAAAAUGGGAUUGAGUCAAGUUGUUUUUGUACCUACGAUUCUUGCCGCGCCGUCUGUGCCAACACGGCGGUGCGAGUGGAACAUACUUGUACUACGCCUAAAUGGAUGCUGAAAAAAAAAAACGCAAUCCGCGACUUUGAUCAGAACGACAUCCUGCCAAAGUUUUCGCCGGUGGAAAAAGAGGUGAACACGAUGCGUACCGAAGUGAACACGCUGAAGGAAACUGUGGACCACAUGGACGCGCGGAUCGUGGAGUGCGAAGGCGCAGCCACGGCCGCAAGGAGCGUCGCAAAUGAGUUUGGCGACCUGAAAUCUCUAUUGUUGAAGAAGGUAGAAGUUAUUGGUUCACCGAAGGUGCUGGUGCCCCGUCUGUGUGAUACUAUAGUUUAUUAGAAACAAAACUAUCGAACAAGCAGAAGCGCUUAUGCUACCCUCCGACUUUUCACUUGCAGUGUUGUCUCCUCAUGGGACUGCUUCCUUUCAUUUAAGUAUUUGAUUCGCUGUUGAUCUUUACGUCUUGGGCGAAUUUCAACGAUCCUACGUCUGUGCUGCCGAUACUUGUUGGGUCAUCCUGAAAAAUAUGGACAUCCUUGUGUGAUAUUUUAAUUUUGUUGACUGUUCUUUAUCAACUCGUCGGUAGGUCGAAGACGUGUGCGAGGACACCCUGAAUCUUCGAUACGACUACGAUUUGAUGCUGCACACCAACACGCGAUUUGUGAACUGGAAGAUUGAUGCGGCCAGGACGAUAUCAAAUGUAAAAAUGUCUGGGUCUGGAAGAAUGCAACUUGUGAUGCUGCAUUUGGAUUCCAAAAAAAUCUGUAUUGCAUGAGUACCAAAGGAAAUGCAAUUUUUGCUACGCUGAGAAGGCAUUUGUCAUGCGGAAUACGCAUCAAGAAGCCCUCAAAAAAUCUGUAUUGCUAGCGUAUGCAUCACAGACAUCAUGGCUCAUGCAAAACGUGCAUGACAAGUGUCAGAAUCUUCCAGACCCAGACAUUUUUACAGUUGAUAGACGAAAAUCACGGAGAUGUUCCUCCGGUCCUGUUAUGAAUUGCAAAUAUGUCUGGGUCUGGAAACUUGUGAUGCAAAAAGUGGAUGAUAGCCGGACUGCAAUACGCAGCUAUGCAUCACAAAUUUUUUGGCUGCCAUGUCUGACGUAUUCCGCAUGGCAAACUGCGUUUUUGCAUGACAGGUAAGAGGGUCUUUUCGUGCCUAUGCAACACAGAUUCUCGAAUCAUGCCAGACAAGCAUGACAAACUUGCAUUCUUCCGGACCCAGACAUUUUUACAUUUGAUACCUGUUCGCUGUGGUCCCCGCCCUUCACCAUGGCCACUUUCCCGGUGAUGUACCUGCAACUGCGGGUGCAGGCCGGCGAUUCCCCGGGCAGCCAGUCCGCGGCCCGCCAGGUGCAGAACCUGGGCCGGCACCUGCCGACUAACGGCGGCCUCAUCGUCACGGUGUGGACCCAGCCGGGCGUGGAGGCCGUGUUCAGAAUAAGCGUUGGACCCGUUACGAAAAAGUUCCGCGCGAUUUUCGAGCGCGACGAAUCGAACCCAGAGCAAGAGGUAGUCGGCUGCACCGUUGUACGCUUCGCAAAAUACUUACUAUCGCAUAGUGCGUGCACGUGCAGUAAAGCGCACUGAAAUUGGUGGAAAAAAAUGAAUUCAACCCAGGCGGUUCGGACGUGUGAGGAACUACUGGCAAAACCAAAGAUGCGAAGUGAUUGUGAUUCUGCACCUGCUGCACUUGCAUGCGUAGAAACAGUAUGCGAUAGUACUUUUGCACGGGAUGGGUGACAAAUUUUUGCGCGCUUGACCCGGCCUGGAACCGAUUAAACGACACGAUCACAGUGGGACUUGAGAUCAUGGAGGCGGAUUUGACAGGAACUGUACUCAAGUUUCUACGGUUUUUGGUUCUACUUCUCGUAAUUCUUUUGUUUCCUCUGCUACGCCUACAGGUCUGGGCAGUGCCCUGCAAGAACUUCGAGAAAAUCUUAUUCCCCCGUUGCAGGUCAUACGUAAGUCGGGUGUGGUGCAAGAUUGCCUACAAUUUUUUACUAGCAUACCACGAAUCACACCCAUCAGUCGUUGUGACUUUUUCUUCUUUUUCAUCCAGGUCGAGCUUGCCGUUACCCAGCCGAAAGUGCUGACGGAUUACCCGGCUUUCAACAAUCACAAGACGGCGGAGAUGCAAUUCAAGCGGAAAAUCAUCUCCGACACGCAAAUGCUGGAACAGGUAUAAUCCAUGUUGCUACGGGAAGGCGACGCCUUGCGAUUUGCUACGUUUGAUGUAGAGCAGUCACCGAAAGAUGGCUCUCAAGACACUAAGUUUGUGAGUACAGACAGCGAGAACGAGAUCAAACAUUCUGAUUCUUCAUCAUGACACUGUACUUUUGGUGCCUUCAUACUUUACUGUUCAUGUCCAUAUAGAUACUAAAACCCCUGCUCGUUUUUAUCUUCUAGGUGGACCGCAAGCUUCAGAACUUGAAGCAGCGGUGGGUGCGCAAGGUGGAGUGGCAGAUACGGCAGAUCCUACCGCUCAUCGACAAGUCCGCGACCAACGACGUGAUAGAAUCCCCGCCCUUUUCCGCAGCGGGGCUUUCCGAACUGAAGUUUGUGUUUUACCCCCGGGUAAGGGAGUACUUACGUCUGAUAGUUGGUGACUUUUUUUUUUGCUGCACUCGCACUACACCAAUGCAACAUGAUACACUUCAUCUUGACGAGCGCGUCGUGCUCGUUGUCGUUGAUUCGAUGCUUUUACUAGUUUGUUCCAGUCGUUGAUGCGUUACAACGCUAUCUUCGAACUAGCCAAAUAAAAAGCUCCACCACUACUGCUCAGGGUAUCGACCCCGCGAACCCGGGGUGGUGCGGGCUGUACCUCCGCUGCGCCGAAGAGAACGUGUUCAUCAAGUUCCAGCUCUCGAUCGGGAAGCAGUCCAAGAUCUUCGAACACUUUUUCGCCACGCGAGGAGAGGUGUACGGGAAAACGAAGUUCUGCUACCUCGAGUCCCAGAUUGAAAACCGCAACGACGCGGAGCUUUCGGUCCUAAAUGUCAGCAUUGAGGUGCUCGAGGUGAGUCACCGAAAGCGCGUAUUGUGUGUAAAAACGUCCCCACACCAUAGUUGUCAUGCAAAUCUGCAUGCUUAAGAUGUUUCUCAUGCGGAGCCCCAUGAGAAGCAUUUUCUAAUGGUGUUUUGAAAUUUGUCAUGCUCCAAUCAGCAUGAGAGACUAGAUCUGUAAUGCUGCUAAACUAGCUCAAACAGCACUAUACUACGCGGCCAAAUUUGUCAUGCGAAACAGCCAAAGCUUGUGGAUUUGUCUAGCCGAUUCCCCAUCUUGACUAUGGGGUGGGUACGUUUUUACAUAGGAUAGCGCGACACCGAAAACGUCCUCCUGUUCCAUCGGGAAGACACCUACGCUAUUACAAUGAAAAAUGCCCCCUCCCCAUAUCAAAACGGAAAUCUGUGAUGCAGAUUUGUGGUCACAAAUCAGCUUUGUGAUGCUACAAGGCAAAAGAUGCGGACUGUAGUGCUCCCAGCUCCCUAGCGUGGGAAAGCCUUGCAGCUCCAGGAUGACAGGAGGCAACUGGAAGUGGGAAGCAGCAUGACAGACUGCCUGCAAUUUAGGCCGUAGCUUCUUCUCUUGGCCUUCUAGCAAUACAAGUCGAUUUGUGUACUCAAAUACAGCAUCACAAAUUCGCGCAUCUUCCGCUUCCGAUAUGGGGUGGGGGCUUUUUUCACUUUGAUAUACGCCAAGGAGGAGUACCGGGUACUCACCCUGCCUCCGCGGGGCGCGAGCUGA